AUGAAAUUCUUGGCGACCAUAGUUGCGAUGGUUUUAGGUAUUGCUCUUUCCUUCAACAUUGUGGGAAACAUGAGCUGCAAUGCUGCUGGACAGUAUGACUACUUUCAGUUUGUUCAGGAGUCUCCUUUUGCAUUUUGCAAAGAUAGUAAUGGAAAUGGAUGCAACAUCCUACCUCUGCCACGAAUAUUUACCAUUCAUGGCUUGUGGCCAAGCAACUUCACAAAUCGUCAUAAACCUUGCGUUGGUAGACAAUUUAGUAGAGAUGUGAUGAAUGAAGCCUCCAAUGAUGAAUUGCGAGCUGAGCUGGAGUUGUCAUGGCGAAGCUUCAUCGGUGGGCGGUCAAAUAUGGACUUCUGGGAAUAUGAAUACAACACACACGGCAAGUGCUCCGACCACAAGUUUUCACAGACGCAAUACUUUGUGGAAGCAAUUGAUCCAGGCAAGUCAUAUCGUUUUACUGACCUUGAACAAGCCAUCCGAUAAUUUAUAGGCGGGAGAAGACCUCUUCUCCUUUGCAAGCAAUCUAAGGGGAAGAAGAAGAUAAAACAAUAUUUGCUGGAAGUCGUAAUUUGCUUUGAUGACAGAGCAAUUAAUCCAGUGAAUUGUCCCAAGAGGAUGUCAAAAGAAUGUCUUCCACAAUCACCUGUAUGGUAUAUGCUAUAGCCUAUAGGUAGAAGGGUGAAUUAAGCUAUAUUGAUAUAA